AGCAACACUAACAGCUGACAUUUGUUUUGAAGCCUUCACUCCAAUUUUUUCUAUUAGGUCUAUUUGUACAGUUUAUUUUUCCAUGACGAUAUUAAUUUUCAAAAUUAUUAAUUAAAAACAUUUUAAGCAAUAAUUUCUUUACAAAAAUGUCUGCUGGUGCUAAAAUCGCGUUGGCGCUAUCCAUUGGAUUUUCAGCGAGCGUAAUUGGCUAUGUACAUUACAAACAGAGCACAGACCGAGCACGCCUUCACGAGGGAGUGGUACGCGACAUUGAGCGCCAGCAACGUCGCAAAACUGAGAAUACAUACUUACUGCAAAAACAAAUAGAUCUCACUAAACAGCUUAAGGAUAUAGAAGCUUCCAAUCAAAAUCCCGAAUUUAAUAAGAAUUCAAACAUUCAGUAGCUUCGUGUAAUUUCUUAAAAUCAUGUUAACUCCAUUGAACAAAAUAAUUUUUGAAAAUCGCCAUAAUAAAACACAUUUCCAGUGGUAGAUAUUUAUUUUUC